CAGAUGGGCCGUGCCGUCCCAGCCUGGCACGGCCCAAGUCCAAAAGGCCUACGGAGCUCGGACUUCUCUCGUACGCCUCGUGAAAUCGCCGGCGCCACUGCCGCAAACCCUACUUCCGAUCCGCCCCCGCCGCCGCCGCAAACCAUACUUCCGCCGCCUCGCGCCGUCGCCAUGCCGCCCACCACACCGGCCAAGCCCGUCCCCGGCCGGCGUCCGCCUCGCGACGUCGGACCCCCUCCCCCAAGGCUGCCUUUCGAGGGCAGCCUGGGCCAUACACCCCUAACCCACCCUCACCACCACACACACACGUCAAGUGCCUGCGACAGGUUCAACUUUGAAGUACACCGUACAUAUUUGUGCACGAGGAAUCUCACUACUGAAAUGUGGUCAGAUGUUCAAAAAGGUCCAUGUCAACAAAAAAAGCAUCACUGAACAUCAGAUAGAUUGAUGGUUUACAUUUCAUAUAUGUACCAACUAGACAGCAUACAAAUAUAAGGAGUCAUCGUAUUGUUUACCUUUGCUUUAAUACAUAUUCAUAGUUUGAUCACAGACUCAGAAUUGAUAUACUGAAAGCUAAACAAUCGGAAGUGUCAGGAGGCUAUAUAUGAAAGUUAAGGUAACUGGCUGUGAUGAAAAUGGAAACCACAGGUGGUUAAUGGCUAUCAAAAUCGUAUAGCCAUUGGUACACUAAUAAUAACCUAAAUGACGGAUGCUAACAUCCUAUUUCUAUCCAGCAUAAAUGGUAUCCAUUAUUUUAUUUAGAUAUUGAAUGCCAAAUGUGCAAGACAGGGACAUGUUCUUACUUCAUUAAUAAGGAGAUCAGGAGAAUCCAUUUUAAGGUCUUCCACCAUCGGAUGGCAUUUGACACAGAAAAGAUUAAGACAGAGAAAUCUGAGCUGAAGAACCUCAUUUUCGCAUCAUUCAGACCAUUUUAUCUGAUGAUCCCCGUUGGUGAUGGAUAUCAUGAAUCCCCCUGCUAGGACAGCCGUGAUACAUAGCAACUAAGCAAGUGAUAAAAGGGAUCAUUUAAGCUGUUUAGUGUUAACAAAACGAAGUGCUAAAGCCUAAAAGGUGCCCUGCUGCUGCUUGUGGCAAUGCUAACACUUGUUGGAGCAAGAGAGCCAUUUGUUAAAGCACAGACCAACCUCCCUGCUACAAUGCAGCUGAAGUUUCCUACUAGAACCCAAGGUGAUUCAUACGGAGCACUGAUACCUGGUUUGCCAGAAGACUUAGCGAAAGUAUGCCUUGCCCUUGUCCCUCGGAGCUACUUCCCUGUCAUGGGUGCAGUGUCCAAGAGUUGGAUGUCAUUCAUUGGGAGCAAGGAGUUCAUUGCUGUUAGGAAGGAGGUCGGGAGGCUUGAAGAGCGGAUUUAUGCCCUGAUCACUGGAGAUGGAGGAAAGGGACCCUAUUGGGAGGUGCUGGGGAGCCUGGAGCAGCAGAAUAGGAUGCUUCCUCCUAUGCCUGGACUGACUAAAGCUGGAUUUAGUGUGGUUGUUCUUGAUGGAAAGCUGCUUGUCAUGGCUGGCUAUGGUGUUGAUUAUGGAAAAGAAUGUGUUUCUGAUGAAGUUUAUCAGUAUGAUGCUCGUCUGAACAGGUGGGCUGCACUGGCCAAGAUGAACGUGGCCCGUCGUGACUUCGCAUGUGCAGAGGUCAAUGGUGCAGUAUAUGUUGCUGGUGGAUUUGGUUCUGAUGGCGAUGGCUUGUCAAGUGUUGAAGUAUAUGAUCCACAAAGAAACAAAUGGACAAUAAUAGAGAGCCUUCGCAGACCAAGGUGGGGCUCCUUUGCCUGCAGCUUCAACGGCAAGCUCUACAUCAUGGGUGGCCGGUCAAGCUUCACCAUUGGCAAUUCCCGUUUCAUUGACGUGUAUGAUCCCAUUCUCCAUUCCUGGACCGAGAUCAAGAAGGGUUGUGUCAUGGUCACCUCUCAUGCUGUCAUCAACAAAAGGCUGUUCUGCAUCGAGUGGAAGAACCAGCGGUCACUCGCGAUCUUCAACCCUUCAGACAGUUCAUGGCAGAAGAUCCCGGUGCCGCUUACCGGUAGCUCAGCCACUCUGUUCAGCCUUGGGGUGCUUGAUGGGAAGCUGCUGCUGUUUUCCCAGGAGGAAGAGCCUGGGUAUCAGACUCUGAUGUAUGAUCCGACCGCGCCUGCGGGAUCUGAAUGGCACACGUCGACGCUCAAGCCAUCAGGGCUGUGCUUAUGCAGUGUGACCAUUGAAAGUUGAUGUCAUCAGUAGGCAUAGAUUGUACUUCCUCCGUCCCAUAAAAAACAAAUCUAGAAUUAUAUGUGACAUAUUCUAGUACAACGAACCUGGACGGAGUCACGUCCAAUCUAGGUUUGUUUUCUGUGGGACAGAGGGAGUAUAUAUUUCUUGCAUUCUAGUGUCUAUAUGUUCUUCUGGAACUCUGUUUAUAUGUGAUUCUCUGUUCAGAUUAUUCCUAGCCACAAGCAUGCACUCAAUUCGUCAGCUAGCUUGUGUGUUGGACCAAACAUUUUGUGUAAAGAUGCAGACAUUUCACUUCCUGAAUAAUGUCAGAUUUCUCUUGCUCCUUUAUUUCA